AUGUCAUCCCGGGCCUUGGAGAAGGACCAAGCCCAUCGACAUGAAAAGUUCCUGGUCAGACAGGAGACCAAAGUCGAAAAGUACUGGAAGCGUGUCGGUUUGCACAAAGUACAUCCGGAAUCCAUCACGGGGGAAGCGCUGGACAAGGACGACGACAUCCCGAUGAGCGAGGAAGAAGAAGACCGUGGCGAAGACACAGAUCACCACCUCAACACCGACAAUCCUACCAUCCACGUCCAUGGUAGUAAGGCUGCUAUUGAGUAG